GAGGUUUCCAUGUUGAAUAAUUGAAUUGUUAUGCGUUUUUCCUUUUCAAAAUUUGUGCGUUUUUAUCUCAUAUAUGAAUUGCGUAUAUAUGAAUUCAAUUUUGUAGAGUGUUAGAGGCUUUUGUUUUUAUCUUUUUGUUUAUCUCUUCCUCUCGCGGUUUAUCGACGAUCCGUGGUUUCAGUGAACCCGAGCUUUGAGGCUCGGGGAACUUGGGAACCGAAAAGCUAAUGGCAGACGAGAAUGGCAGUGAUGCUGGACUCGACUCCAAUCCUUCUUAUUUGCAGAAAUUCAGACUCUACGAGACUCGCUCGAAUUUCUAUAUGAUUGGAAGAGACAAGAAUAGAACUCUUUGGAGGGUACUAAAGAUUGAUCGAUUAGACCCGUCUGAAUUAACUGUUGUUGAAGAUUUUACUGAAUACUCGGAAAUUGAAUGCUGUGAUCUGUUAAAAAGGAUACAUGAGGGAAACAGGUCCUCAGGUGGACUGAAAUUUGUUACAGCUUGUUAUGGAAUUGUUGGUUUUGUGAAAUUUUUGGGAUCUUAUUCCAUGAUGCUGAUCACCAAAAGAAAAAAGAUUGGUGCAAUUUUUGGCCAUACUAUCUAUGCCAUUUCCAAGAGCGAGACAAUUCCGAUUCUGAAAUCUCCUAUCCAGUCCGCUAUGGCUUAUUCGAAGAAUGAAAAAAGGUACAAGAAGCUCCUUUCGACAGUGGAUCUCACAAAGGACUUCUUUUUCAGCUACACCUACAAUGUCAUGCAUAGUCUUCAAAGAAAUUUAUGUAGGAAUGAGACAGGACUAGUAUACUAUGAAUCAAUGUUUGUUUGGAAUGAGUUUCUAACUCGAGGGAUUCGCAAUACUCUCAAGAAUUCUGUAUGGACUGUUGCAUUGGUUUAUGGCUUCUUCAAGCAGGUAAAACUUUCUGUCUCUGGCAAGAAUAUUUUCCUGACUCUCAUUGCAAGGCGUUCUCGACAUUAUGCUGGGACAAGAUACUUGAAACGUGGAGUGAAUGAGAAAGGUAGAGUGGCAAAUGAUGUUGAGACAGAACAAAUUGUGUUUGAAGAUGUUCUUGAAGGGUUCCCUACACAAAUAAGUUCUGUUGUCCAGAAUAGAGGCUCUAUCCCACUUUUCUGGUCUCAAGAAAUCUCACGCUUGAACUUGAAACCUGACAUUAUAUUAUCAAAGAAGGAUCCUAAUUAUGAGGCCACAAGACUACAUUUUGAAAAUCUUGUAAUGAGAUAUGGAAAUCCAAUAAUCAUCUUGAAUUUGAUAAGGACGUGUGAGAAGAAACCUCGUGAAACUAUUCUUCGUGCAGAGUUUGCGAAAGCCAUCAGAUUUAUCAAUAAAAGCUUACCCAAAGAGAACCGUCUGAGGUUCCUUCACUGGGACAUAAACAGACACUCCAGAAAAGCUACAAAUGUUUUGGCGCUUCUAGGCAGAGUGGCUGAUUAUGCAUUAAACUUAACGGGCAUAUUUUACUGUCAAGUAACUCCAAAUUGUAGACAAGAUGGGUCGUUGACUUUGUCUCGCUUAGUGCCUAAUGAUGAGUGCCCUGCUAAGUCUUCUUCUGACAAAACUGACAAUGUUCAGAAGUUAGCAACUGGUGUUGCUAAUGACAAAGAGAAUUGUAGUGAGACUGUAAAACCUCCCAUGCUUCAAACUGGAGUACUCAGAACCAACUGCAUUGACUGUCUCGACCGCACUAAUGUUGCUCAAUAUGCCUAUGGAUUGGUGGCUCUUGGACGCCAGCUACAUGCUAUGGGUUUCACAGAAACCCAAAUUAUUGAUCAAAAUAGUCCGUUGUCCGAGGAUUUAAUGGCAGUUUAUGAAACAAUGGGUGACACACUUGCUUUACAGUAUGGUGGUUCUGCAGCUCACAACAAGAUAUUUUGCCAAAGGAGAGGCCAAUGGAAAGCAGCAACUCAGUCCCAAGAGUUUUUUAGAACUUUGCAACGUUACUAUAGCAAUGCAUACAUGGAUGCAGAGAAGCAAAGUGCCAUUAAUUUGUUUUUGGGUCACUUUCAGCCACAACAGGGUAAACCAGCGAUCUGGGAAUUGGAUUCAGACCAAUAUCGUGUAGGAAGGCCAUCUAUUAAAAGAUCACUGUCAGACGGCAACAUUGUCUCUGAAACGGACUCUCCCUUGGAUGCUUCCAAUGUUGGGCAUCGUGAUUCUAUGUCUGCGAAUAGAGGGGCUUUGCAUGGUCUUUCUGAGUCCACUCCAGCUAUCCCAACAUCUGAAAUUUCUUAUUCCAGUCCAAGAAUGUCUUGCAGGCAGCUUUUCGGAGAUACGGCGGAGGACCAAAUAUAUUAUGAUGAAAAUGACUACUAUAAUUGCACUAAUUUUGAUCUAGAAUGGCUUUCUUCUUCAGGAAAUUCAUGCGACGAGGAUAUAUUUGACAGGUCUAGGACCCUAUCCUCCGAAAAUAUUGGUGCUGAAUUAAAUGUUGGUAUGACUACGUCUCCAAGUGAGUCCGGCUCAAGCAUAAAGGGAGGAUACCGAACUGCAUCUGAACUCAGUACUACGGAUGAAUUUUCGGAGAGCUUUGUGAAUUGGAUAUUCCAUGGAGAUGUGUUUACUCCUUUAAAGUUUAAUUCAAAGUAGUUCCAUGGCAAAAAAAAAAAUGUUUCACAACCAAACCAAACCUAUCCAAAGGAUGCGAGUUUAUUUCAAUGUAAAUAAAAGAAUGAGGAGAUUAAACUGUGAAAAAAGUAAGGGUCGCAACUUAUGUUGAAGAAAACGCAAGUGAGAUUGAAGUGGAAAAGAUUGUGGCUUCUUCUGAUUAAAAGCAAGUUUCAACUAGGGAUAACAAUCGAACAGCACGGGGAAAUUUCUACUAGGGAUGACAAUCGAACAGCACAGAGAUAGCUUUUGGAGGAAGCAGAAUUUGUACAAAGCUUUGAUUGCUUUUCGAUCUCUGGCUAACUCGGUCUGCAAAAAAGUGUAAACAUUGAUGAACACCACAGGUUUCUCCUUGUAAAUAUUUCAAUAUUUUAUCGAGUAGAUAGCUCCUCCUUAGCCCUUUUGA